AUUUAUUAUUACUAUUACUGUUAGCCUUCUUCCUGCAGUUCUUCGUAAGGCUUUAUUUUUUCUUACAUCUUCGUGAAAUUGUUAGUGAAUUGGAUACUGAACAGUCUGAAAACUGAUGGGAAUUGAUAUACAUUCUACCUGAAAACAGUUUGUUUCCAAACAUCAAAUGAAGUGCUAAAGAUAUACCUAAAAGAUGUUCCUGUUAUGGUGCUAAGAAGAAAAUAAAAAACAGGACUACAAUUUUUGAAUAUCAAAAAUGUGGGCUGGAUUUAAAAAAACAGUGAUAACAGGAGGAGUAGGUAUUGCUCUCCUGGUGCUUGGCCUGAUUCUUCUGUAUUGUUUCCCCUUAAUUUUCAGCUAUAUCAUACAAAAGAAUUUGCCUCUUGCAAAAGGAUCAAUGUCAUACAAACUGUGGAAAGAUAUUCCUCUCCCAUUAUACCAAAAAAUAUACUUUUUUAAUGUGACCAAUCCAGAGGAAUUUCUUCAGCAAAAGAGCAAACCCAAACUUGUGGAGAUUGGUCCUUACACUUACAGAAGUUGGUGGACCAAGGAGAAUAUUACAUGGAACAACAAUGACACGGUUACCUACAGGGAAGUAAAAAAGUAUGUUUUCAAACCUGAACUAUCAGUAGGCAGUGAAAAUGAUGUAAUAACAACUGUCAACUUUCCAAUGUUGGCAGCAGCCUCGUGGUUACGUAACACCAGUCCCCUGGAAGAAAUAGCUGCAUCUAUUCUUAUGUUUCUAACGAGAGAAAAGAUCUUCAUACAACGGAAAGUUAAGCAACUAGCCUAUGAAGGAUAUCCUGAUCUGCUGACAGUAAUUGCUCCAUUGAUCCAUCCAGAUGUACCCAAGACUCAUGGAUACUUUGGAUGGUUUUAUGGAAAAAAUGAUACAGAUGAUGGAGAGUUCACAGUUUUUACUGGCAAGGAUAGUAUCAGUAAAUUCAACACAAUAAAAAACUGGAAUGGAACACAAUCUCUCAAGUAUUGGACAGGAGAGUGUAACAAAAUUGCAGGAACAAGUGAGUAUUAA